ACAUCUAUUUUCCAAGGCGCUCUGCCUCACGACAAUAGCCUAUAGAACAUUUAUGCCACUACUGACAAGACUACAGUACGACAAACUAUUAAGUCAGUCUUUUUGUGAAGCCACACUGCCGAUCUGGCACAGGAACCAGUGCGACAGCGCUGCAGUGGCCGGAACCGGAGGAGAGGUUUUCAUGGUGACGCGGCUGUGACAUGCCGCCAGAGGGUGGCAGCCAGGGACAAACACCCGUGUACUCUGUCUGGAGAUCUCCUUAUAGGUUAAAUAACACGAGAGGAUGGAGGGUCAAAGCAUGUCUCUACUCGGCAAGAUGAUGGCAGUUAUAGGGAUAAGCGUGGUAGCAGGUCUCAUCGUGCACGUGCGAGACCCAUUGGACUCAAUUUUAGGAGGUGGAUACCCGGAGCUGUGGAGGAAAGCGGGACUGGUAGGUGCCCCAGCCCGGGCCGUGGCUUGCAUCUUCGCCGGGGUUUCCCUUCUUUCUAUGGGCUGGCUAUAUAGACUACUGUUUGCCCCCCUGGAACUGCUCAGAACUCCCGACGAGGUUGGAUACAUUGCCGAAGACGGUCGCUCCCGCGCCCAAGCGGCAAACGAAGUGCGUCGGAGACGGAAAACUGGCGAACUGCCACCCGUUUAUCCAAACGGCUGGUAUCGAGUAUUGGAUUCUCACAUGCUGGAGCGAGGGGAUGUCAAGAACGUAACUGUUUUAGGUGAGCAGGUGGCAGUGUUCCGGGGCACAGAGGGCAAAGCCUAUGUGGUGGAUGCCUACUGCCCACACCUGGGGGCCAACCUGGCAGUGGGGGGGCGUGUGGUGGGGCAGAGCAUAGAGUGCCCGUUCCACGGCUGGCAGUUCCGGGGGGAAGACGGAAAGUGUGUGAGGAUCCCCUAUGCAGAGAAAGUGCCAGAGUUUGCUAAGGUGCGCUGCUGGCGCAGUAUGGAGACCAAUGGUCAGGUUCUGGUGUGGUUCCACUGUGACGGAGAGGAACCUGGCUGGACAGUACCAGAGCAGGGGGAGAUCACACGAGGGGAAUGGGUCUACCGGGGCCGCACUGAGCACUUCAUCAACGCACACAUAGAGGAGAUCCCUGAGAAUGCAGCAGAUAUUGCCCACCUGGCCCACUUGCACACACCAGGCAUUGUGAGCGGGGUUGACCUGCGCUACACCAACAGCAAGACCUGGGAGUUUGUGAGGCACGACUGGAAGGUGCAAUGGGAAGCUGAGUCUGAGCCCACUAAACACUGCUCCCAGAUGCUGGUGAAACAUGCCCUGACUGUGUUUGGUCGCCACUGGCCUCUGCUGGACAUGGAUGUAGUGGCUCGACAGGUUGGUCCAGGGGUGGUGUUCCUGCUGUUCGACCACAGUUUCCUGGGUCGGGGUGUGAUCAUGCACUGUGUGACGCCCGUGGAGCCUCUAUUGCAGUGUGUGUCCCACACCAUCUUCUACCAGAGCAACAUCCCCCCACUGGUGCCCAAGUUCAUCCUGAGGGCAGAGUGCAUCCAGUUUGAGCGGGACGUGAUGAUCUGGAACAAUAAGAAGUACAUCUCUAAGCCCCUGCUGGUGAAGGAGGAUUCUGCCAUCCAGAAACACAGGCGGUGGUUCAGUCAGUUUUACAGUGAUAACAGCCCUCGGCUGCGCUACCAGCACAACACGCUGGACUUCUGACCUCUCACACACUGAAAGAAGCACAGGAAAGCCAAACGAGGUACUGGUCCAAAAACACCUUCAAUGUCCAAAAGGUAUUCAAAUAUAAAAGAGAAGAGGACACCCAUGGAAUUUAACACCAGACAAUUGUUAGUCUUUUGUAGCAGCCAGUCAGCUCUUUCAUGGUUAAUGAAUUGUGGGGUCUUGUGAUGCAAACCAGCUGUAGUAAAAGCAGCAUUUGUUAUUGUUUUGAUAACUGAGCAGCAACCAAGCACCCAAAGGGACUCUUAUUCUACAAAAGCCCCAAAGUCGUGCUCGACAUUUUCACUUAAUUGGACUUCCGUAGCAAGACAAAAUGCCGGUGGGAGGAUUCAUCUUCUCCCCUUCUUGUUAUAUUUCAAACAAAGCAACUGAAUGCCCUCACAUCUCCCAUCAGAGUUGUACAGGUGUAAAAAGAGACCAGACUAUCUUUGGCCAGUUCAGUGUACGAAAUGAACACUCUCCUGUGGGAACUUGGUGAGAUUCGCUCUGGCCUCGUUUAAGUGCCUAGCUAUAGCUACUCUGUGAUCCUAUAGGAUUGAUGGGACCUGAGGACUGCUCCCUUUUCACUCAUCUUUCUUUUGAUUUAUUUUGAUCGCUCCUGGCGUCUUCAAUCCAGUUUAUCCACAUCUCAAUCGUACAGGAUUCAGCCCAUAUUCCUGUGAAGACCCACCAGAACCAACCAAUAUGAAUAGAUAUGCCAGAAUUGCCUAGCCUUUAUUGUAGCUGAUAGUGAGAGUCUAUACUGUGUGAAUGAACAGGAAUGUAUUGGAAACCGGUGUGCUGUCUGUACAUUGUUAUAUGAUUCCAGCAGGCUUCAGUUUGAUCUCUGUACCUCCUGGCAUUAUAGACCUGUGACUACCAUACAAAAUAGGUCAGUGUAAAAAAACAUAACUUGCUAUAACUUAAAACAUGUAAUUUAUUUUCAGCCUAAGUUCUCAAGGAAACUCCAAAUCGGGCAAUCAUGACUUGUGAGGACAUCACUGUGUUCCAAAAUGAGUGCUUAAAGCAUUAAUGUUUAAUGAAAGCUGGCACCCAGCCCCAGCUUCAGGCCCUUUCAGGAGUGUUUGUGUCCCCUGGAGAAUAUCUUAAAGCUCAGUUGCUGAUUGACCCUGCCAACUGAUAGUGGUUCCCUCACGCGUUACCCCUGAAUAGAUUAUGCAGUUCCUUUGUACUAUGCACCAGUGCAGUAUAUGAUGACAGUACUGGAAUGUUGGUACCAGGUAGUUACCAAUAUGUUGAAUUUGAAUCGUUUGAAAUAAGUAUUAGAAAGUAUCAAAACCAGGUGGAAACAGUAGAAUGAAGUACUACCGCACACUGUGUAGACAUGAGGAUAACAAUUAUAGUCAAAGGUCAUUACUCAAGACAGUAUGCAGAAUAUAUUUACAUGUGGAUCGCUUAUGGACAAAGCCAUUUUGACAAAGCAUUUAGCAGAGAUGUCCUAUAAGAAACUCAGUGUUGUUGUUUGUAGCUUGUUCUUUCUCUAUUACAUAGCUGUGAGUCCCAUUUGUGAUGAGGAAAGGCAGGGUUGUCCAAGGAGUUUCAUGGCUUCGUACCGCAGGUGUGCACUAUAUAUGCACUCAAAUGUAGCAAAUAUCAUGUGGCAAUAUUGUUUGAUUGAGUUGCUUCGCUCCAGACUUAAAACAUGCUCCCUAAUGAGAAAAGCUGUGAGAGUGCUAACAGGGUGUUACUGUGCUAAUGAUACAGGACAUUAUUACCAUAUUAGUGCUUUGUGACUGUGCAGGUCUAUACAGGCCAUUGGUAUGUACUUGCGUUAUAUGAUGAUGCUGUGUUGCUGGCUGUACUCUGAGAUUGCUCCUGAGAGCCAGAUUUUGUCUGCACUCUGUGACAACAAUGAUGCCGUUAGGUUGUACCAAAUACUGUACAUGUCUGUCUGCUCUGAUGGAAGUGUGAGCAUAAUGACCCGCGAAUGAGUGUACUGGUAGCGCUGAAUGUGCUUUGUGACUGUGUUGAUGUUCUGGGACAGGGGUCAGGGUUAGUGUGACUGUUCUAACUGAUCCCAGUUGGCCCUUUAUGGCCAAUAGUCACAGUUACCCCAAAGUGGGGACGUUGGUUGAGAAAAAUGAUUAGCAAAGGUAGAAUAGCACAAUAAUACGUGUUUAACCCACCUUUCUUCAUAUGACACAGCAGAUUGGAAAGAUUAUUUUUGUCAAUGCAUUGUCUAGAAAUGCAGCAUUUAUGUAAAUCAGCAGAAUAAACAUAUUCAAAUCUA